AUGGCCCCGGUCGGUGCUGGGCUCUGGCGCACUCUGCGCGCCCAUCAGGUGUACGGCGCCAACACCGAUGUCGGCAAGACCAUUGUGUCAACUGUGCUUUGUAAUGCGAUCCAACAACAGAAGCAGAAGGCGGCCUUCCUCAAGCCGGUUUCUACAGGAGCGCUGGAUGAUGCGGACGAUCGGCACAUGAAGCGCUACGGGGCUGGGACGCUCACCAAGUGCCUCUACCAGUUCGAGGAGCCGGUGAGCCCGCACAUUGCCGCGAAGCUGAAAAGUGUCUCGGAUGACGAACUGCUCUCAUCGAUUCACAGGACUCUAUCUGACUGGGCCCGGUCGGACGUCGACUUCGCUCUAGUGGAAACAGCGGGCGGCGUGCACUCGCCAGGUCCCAAUGGCAACUCUCAGGCAGACCUUUACAGGCCACUACGUCUUCCUAUUGUCCUCGUUGCGGACUCUCGACUAGGUGGAAUUUCGUCCUCUAUCUCCGCCUAUGAGUCCCUGCUUCUCCGCGGCUAUGACAUCCAGUCCGUGUUGUUGUUCCGCGAUGAGUAUUAUCAGAACCAUGAGUACUUGCGUGACUUUUUCAACAAAAAGAGCAUACCCCUGAUACCUUUACCGGCACCUCCGGCCAGACCUCUGCAACUAGAUGCUGACUCGCGAUUGCGAGAUGAAGAGGCCAUGUCUGCCUACUACCAAAAGGUUUCCCGGGAGUCCGAGAUUCUCCGCCUCCUCGAGGAAAUGGCCAACAAAAACACGCAACGAAUUGAGCGCCUAGAGGAAAUGCCCAAAAGGGCACAAGAUCUGAUCUGGUAUCCAUUCACCCAGCACCAAGGCAUGUCCGCCAAGGACAUCACAGUCAUCGACUCAGCCCACGAUGAUUAUUUCCAGACUUUCAACUCGAGCGCCUCGACUCAACCAGAAAGUGAGCUGCGUCCUACCUUUGAUGGGUCUGCAUCAUGGUGGACUCAAGGCCUAGGCCACGGUAAUCCAGAUUUGUCUCUUUCCGCCGCUUAUGCCGCCGGCCGAUACGGCCAUGUCAUGUUCGCUGGCGCGGUGCACGAGCCUGCAUUGUCUCUGGCUGAUCAAUUAUUGAAGAUUCUCGACAAUCCCCGCUUUGCCAAAGUCUUCUAUACAGACAAUGGAAGUACCGGAAUGGAAGUCGCCGUCAAAAUGGGCCUUCGGGCCGCGUGCGACCGGUAUGGGUGGGACGCUAGCCAGGAAAAGAUUAACAUCCUUGGUUUGAAGGGUAGCUACCAUGGCGAUACCAUUGGUGUGAUGGAUUGUUCCGAGCCCUCUACCUAUAAUAAAAAGGUUGAGUGGUACCGUGGUAGGGGUCACUGGUUUGAUUUCCCUCUGGUCAAGAUGAUUGAUGGGAUUUGGACUAUUGAGGUUCCCAAGGAGCUGAAAGCGGAGCUGGGUGGUGAUGCCGAGUUUGACUCAUUGAAUUCGGUGUUCAAUCUCGAGCUGCGUCUGCAGUCGGAUUCUGGGCAGCGCUAUAGGGACUACAUUCGUCGGACCAUUGAGACAUUGGUACAUGAAAAAGGGAUGAAAUUUGGUGCUCUGAUCUUGGAGCCUGUUCUCUUGGGCGCCGGAGGAAUGCUCUUUUGUGACCCGCUCUUCCAGCGCUGCUUGACAGAUGUUGUUCGCGAGAACCCAGAUUUGUUCUCAGCCCAAAAUAAUACCCCGAAAUCAUCACCAUCCUGGUCUGGCCUGCCCGUCGUCUUUGACGAGGUAUUCACCGGCCUUUGGCGCCUGGGACGCGCAUCAUCGGCAUCUUUCCUAGGUGUUCACCCUGACAUUGCUGUCAAUGCCAAGCUUCUCACCGGUGGAUUGAUUCCUCUCUGCACAACGGUGGCUAGCCAGGAAAUUUUUGACACAUUCUCGAGCCCUGAAAAGAGCGAUGCUCUCCUCCAUGGCCACAGCUACACCGCUCACGCGGUUGGGUGUACUGUCGCCAAUGACUCCCUCAAGACCAUGGCCAACAUGGAUCUAAAUGGAGCAUGGGAUGAAUUUAAAGCAGACUGGGGAACAGAUUGGGAUGCUAAAUCUGCCUCAGCGACGGCAACAAGCUCAGAUGUAUGGAGUGUCUGGUCGCAAGGUCUAUUGAGCGACCUCUCAUGUGCUGAUACCGUGGAGAGCGUAUUUGCCAUUGGUACUGUAUUGAGCAUUUCGCUACGGGAUGCCCACGGUGGAGGAUACACGUCUACCGCGGCGAAAGGUCUUCAGCAGAAGCUGGCCGUCGGUGGCGACCAAUUCAAUGUCCACUCUCGGGUCCUGGGCAACGUGCUCUACUUGAUGUCCAGCGUGACUUCCAAGCAAGACUCGUUGAAGGAGAUGGAGAAGCUCCUCCGUUCGUCCCUCUUGUAG